UUUUUUUCGUAAACGGGUGUCAUGUCACGUGCCUCUCUGUCGGUUGUCCUAAGGAAACCCCGCUGGCGUCAUUGUGAGCUUUGCCCUGCUUUCUGUACGCAGACUUUGGCCAGUGCUUCGCCGUUCUUGUCGGGAUAAAUAAAAGCAGGCUCAUUCUGCCCUCGGCAGCUGUGCGAGACAAAGCUGAGGGGAUACCAGAACAAGAAGGAUGGCUCCGAUGGAGAUAACUAACCAGAAUGUGGUGAUCAGAAUGGCCACGCUCCCACUGGUGAGUUCCACCUAUGGCAUGGUAUCUAAUGUGUACUGCCACACCAAGGACAACCAUCCAUACAUCAAGUCCGUGUGUGAGGCUGCAGAGAUGGGUGUGAAGACGAUCACUUCGGCUGCCUUCACCAGCACUUUGCCGAUCAUUAGCAAGUUGGGACCCCAAAUCUCUCUGGCUAACGACCUUGCUUGUAAGGGUCUCGACAAGAUCGAGAAAACUCUACCGAUUCUUCACCAGCCCUCGGGAGAGGUCAUUGCCAGCGCAAAAGAAGCUGUGAGCAGCGCAAAAGGCACAGUCUCCGAAAGUGUGACCGGCGCCAAGGAGACUGUGUCUCUCACUUUGAGCGGUGUGGUGGGCAGGACCAGAGGAGCGGUGCAGGAGGGUGUGGAGAAGACGAGGACGGUGGUCACUGGCGGAGUCCACGCUGUGAUGGAGAGCAGGCUUGCCCGUCUGGUGAACAGCGGCGUGGACAACGCGCUGAGCACAUCCGAGAGCCUGGUGGAGCACUAUCUGCCUGGAGCUGAGGAAGGUCAAGAGUAUGAGGCAAGUUUGACCAGAGGAUUUGAGCACGACACAGAGAAGCCCAGCUACUAUGUGCGUCUCGGCUCUCUCUCUACCAAACUGCGAAGGAGGGCGUACCAGAAAGCCAUCGCCAAAGUUUAUGAUGCCAAGACACGGAGUCAGGAGACCAUCUCCCAUCUUAACCACACCAUGGACCUGAUUGAAUUCACACGAAAGAACAUUGAUGGUGCCAACCAGAAGAUAUAUGAGAAGUUUAAUACACUGAUGGAUUGGAGAUCUAGAUCUCAGAGUGACAUGGAGAGCAACAGUAACAAUGACAAUGAGACAGAGCUAAUUGAGUCCCGAACCUUGACCAUCGCUCACAACCUGACCCAGCAGCUACAGACUACGUGUUUGGCAUUGGUCUCCAGCCUCCAGGGACUGCCACACAACAUCCAUGAUCAGGCACUCUCAAUUGGUCACCUGGCCAGCGAGGUCUACACUAGUUUUACCAAGGCCGCAUCUCUGAGCGAUCUGUCUGACGUGGCUCUCGCCAACACUCGCAGUCACCUGAACCGGAUGAGAGAUUCCAUUGACGGCGUUCUGGAUUAUUUGGUCAACAACACGCCACUCAAUUGGCUGGUAGGUCCAUUCUUUCCCAGCCCAGAGCCAUCUGGAAGUCCAAGCAGUCCCCAGUCCAGUGACAUGAGGAGUGGCCAUCCUGAACUGGAGAUGCAGAUUCUCGAUAAAGAGCAUUAAUUGAUCCUGAGGCAUUCAGAGCUUUCUGAUGUUAACGUUUUCUGUCCUCUUAUUAGGAGGAUUGUAAUAUGCAUUUCUACAUUUCACAUCUUGACAUUUCUAUCGUAUAAUUAAAUAACAAUUUUCAAUUUU